CGCCAUGCAGCGACUUCCUGCUUUGCUCCGCGCAGCGACUCCAAGGUUCAUGUCCUCAUCGCCUGCAAAGAAAACAGAUCUGUCUGCUGCGCUCGCUAUGGAUCUCGGACUUGGUUGCCCGGAGACUGUUAGCAAUAUGUCUGCGGCAUCGUCCAAGAGCAGUGCGGUACACUCGACACAGAACGUUUUGCCAUUGGAUGGCGUAGAGUUUGUACACAGUGCUGAGCUCCAGGCAGCACAGGCGAGGGACAUGCAGCUUUUAGCAUCAUCUGCAGAGCUUCUGUUGAAGCAAGCCAGUUUCAAUUGGGAAAUUGAAUUCACCACCUUGAAGUUCGAAAGCUUGCAGGCACCGGUGCGUUCGGCGUCUGAGGUCUCCGACUGGUCAGCAGCUUUGAUGCUUGCACGAGGAUCUUCAUUUUCACACUAGAUUUGUAUGAUUUUUUUUUGUUUGUCAUUAAAGAUAGAAGUUCAAUCCAA